CAUUCCUCUCCCCUCAAAAUGCAGCGUGCUGAGUCUGCCUCCCACACACGGUCUGAGGGCCAGACUUGGAGGAUGGACUUUGGGCUGCUGUUCCUGUCUCUGUCCCUGUGGCUCCUGGCCGCCGCUGGGCCCCAUCACGCCUCGGGGUCCACAGAUUCCUGCCCAGAGAGGCUGCUGGGAGAGGAGCGCAGUAGGACCUGUCCCCGGCCUUGUAAAAUAGACAAAGACUGUGGCAACAAGCGGCAGUGUCUGUGUGACGGACAAUGUGGCCUCAGCUGUGUAGCUCCAGGUCGUACAUGUCCAUGGCCCCUGGCCCCGGGGGGCCACUCGGCCUCUCGUCUGCUGUCUCCCACCCACUCCUUCUCUGCCCUGCUGGAGGUGCGCUGCAACCCCGGCUUCACGCUGCCCAGCGGCCUGGAUGCAACCAUUCGCCGUUGCCAAGGCGACCGACAGUGGAGCGGAGAUGAGCCUAUCUGCACAGAAGCCCCGCCCCCCUCCACUCUGCCCCCCAUCCUCCAGGCCCCCAACACGGGGCCCCUCACCAUGCAGCCCCCCGCCAGCCCGACCCCCAUCUGCGCCCUGCCCGACGAGGUGCUCAGCAAACUCAGCGUCCAGGGCACUGCGGCGGUGGGAACCAGCAUCCUGUACAGCUGUCUGUCUGGGGCAUCUAUAGUGGGAAGCAGUGAAAAUUUCUGUCAAGGAAAUCAAACAUGGCAGUUCCCUCACCCCGUAUGUCAAAUGGUCUUCUGCGUGCCCCCCCCGCCGGUGGAGCAGGGCUACGUGGUGGCCGUGCUAAAGACUGAGUACGAGGUGGGCUACGACAUCCACUACCUGUGUAAGAAGCACUUCCUGUUGGACGGGCCGCAGAAGGUCACCUGCCUGUCCAAUGGCAAAUGGAGCGCCCCUCCCCCACACUGCCGAGCUCGCUGUCUCCUCCCGGCCCAGCGGAGCCGUGUGCUGAUUGGUGGAGAGAAGCGCUGGCCCUUCGACCUGACGGACGGCAUGGUUCCCCAUGGGGAGAACGUCACCUUCUUCUGCAAACAUCCCCGCAAACAGUGCAGACUCACCGUCGGCCAGGGCUGCUUUGACGGAAAACUAGAGCCCCCAGAAUGCUACCUGGAGCCCACCUGGCUGCAGUACAAGCUGUUCCCUCACCGGCUGGUCUCAGAGAUCGACGCCUGUUUGCCUGGAGACCAGGAGGGAUGAGGAGCCCCGAGAUCUACUGCCUCUACCACGGGGCCCUCAGCAGCGUGUCACACACACACACACACACACACAC